AUGGUGCUAGCAAAAGACAUCCAAACUAUACGCCCUUUUAUGGGAUUGUGUUGUUCCUGUCUACCAAUUAGUAAACAGACGGCAACUGUUGAUAUAUUCAAUCAAAACGGCCUUCACAAUAUUUUUGAUUUAAAACCGUUUCUCCGAGAUUCUGGCUGGAUUCAAAGACGUUUUCCAAUUUUGACCAGAACUUUUCAAAUGAAUCAUCAACACCAUUAUCCUGAUGUGUCAAUAGCUGUAUUUACGAACAAUCGCGUGCUUGAAGCAAUUCAAAAAACAUCCGUCAUCACUUAUUCUAGGAAUGCUGGAAAAGACACUCGAGCAAUCCAAGAAUCAAUUAUAAAGGGAGCCAAGAAAACUUUGAUCAAAAUGAAGGCCAGUACUGGAGCGUGGAUUUUACGGUUGACAUUUUGGUUUUUACAUUCAGUGUUGUCGUUAUUUCUCAAAAAGCUCAUUGUUCACAGAGGACAGAUUUUGAUGCUACAGGAAGCUGCGUCUAAAAAAAUACCUGUUAUUUAUCUCCCUUUACAUAGAAGCCAUUUAGAUUAUAUACUGAUAUCUUUCUUAGUUUAUAACUACAAUGUUCGUAUACCUUAUGUUGCCGCUGGUGAUAACCUUGACAUUGCCUUUUUUAAUAAAUUACUCCGUAAAUUUGGUGGAUUUUUUAUUCGACGUAGAUUGGAUAAAGUGCCUGGUGAAAAAGACAUUAUUUAUAGAACAUUGCUGCAUACUUACGUAGAAGAAUUAUUAAAACAAGGAGAAGCUCUGGAGUUCUUUGUGGAAGGUGGACGUAGUCGCUCAGGAAAGAGCACGUUACCGAAGGGUGGGUUAUUGUCUGUAGUUGCCGAGACCUGUGUUAAGGGACACAUACCAGAUGCCUAUAUCGUACCUGUUAGUAUCAGCUAUGAUAAACUGAUAGAUGGUAAUUUCUGUCGGGAACAAAUGGGACUUCCCAAAGUUUCUGAAUCAUUUUUUAGAGCAGUGAAAGCCAUUAUUAAUGUUUUUAUAAGUGAUUAUGGAAGUGUACGUAUGGACUUCGCUCAACCCUUCUCAUUGAAGGAAUUUUUAGAUGUUCAUAAAAGAUCAGAUGGAGACUCAACGUGUAUUGAUGUUACACCAGAUUCACCACCAAACAUGACUUCAUCUUACCCAAAUCUUACUUCUGCAAUUUGUGCAUCACCAGACCUAGAUCGUGGAAUAGUUGAGAAUCUUGGGAAGCACAUCGUUCAUACGGCAACGCAAUGCACAGCUUUGAUGAGUACGCAUUUAGUUUGUUUCCUACUGUUGACCAAGUAUAGAAAUGGUGCGAAUAUUAAUGAAUUAUCGUUAAGUAUGAAAAUUCUGGUGAAGGAAAUUCGGGAACAUGGUCGUGAUAUUGGAUUCAGUGGAGAUAUGUCUGAUGCAAUCCACAAUGCCGUGGGUCUGCUGGGAUCCAAACUGACCAGUGUUGAAAUGGAUUCUAAAAAUCAAAAUAUUCUAAUGGUGAAACCUAAUUUAAAUUUACCUCAUGUGUUUGAAUUAGCAUACUAUGGAAAUAACGUGAUUUCUGUAUUCUUGAUGGAGAGUAUUGUUGCCAUAGCGAUAGUGUAUGUAUCGAAAAACCCUAAAACUAAGUCGAGUGGUGAAAUUGAAGUCACUAAAGAAGAGAUUAUUGAAACUGCAGCAGAAAUUUGCAAUAUUCUUUCUCAGGAAUUCAUUUUCAUACCACCCUGUAAAAACUUAAUGGAAGAGUUGUCAGACAUCUUGGAAAAGCUCAUGAUAUCAGAAAUAUUGUACCAAGACACAGGGUUUGGAGAAAUGCUGAACGAAAGUGACAGAAAUUGGAGCAGAAAUUUGUCUGCUGCUGUAUCAUGGGCUGAUGAAGAUGAUGAGGAGUACGAUUUCGGAUACGAAGCACCAGUACCGCAGAAAUUCAAACUUAAUCUAACCCGGGAAGAUAUUCAACAGAAAAUGAAAUUUUUGCUGUCAGUUUUGGCAUCUUGCUGUGAGUCGUAUCUAACAACAGCUAAAUAUAUUGAUGUAUCAUUAAAAACUGAAUUGGCAGAAGACGAUUUUAUCAAACAUUUGAAUCAUUUUGCUAAAUCCCAAGCCCGAGGAUCAAAAUUAGAAUAUAAUGAAAGCUGUGCCUUGGAUUCUUUAAAAGUUUGUGUAAAAUCGUUUUCUAAAUUAGGUAUUCUAGAAUCCUAUACAGCUGGUAAUUUACGUAUUUUAGGCUUACAGAGUGAUUUUGAUACGAAAGAUAAAUUAUUUCAUUAUAUUAAAUUAUUAGAAGCUGUCACUGUUAAAUUAUAA